AUGCCUCUCCGAAGGACACGAGGACGAUCACAGGACUACAGUUUGAAAAAAAGUCCUGAUCAAGAAGACCUGGACAUUGACGAGGAUCUGGACGAGGAAGUUACCCGUUGUAUAUGCGGUAACGAAGAGCUCAACACCGAUGAUUCCAGCGUCGACACUGGGUUCUUCAUUCAGUGUGAAAACUGUUCAGUGUGGCAACAUGGCUACUGUGUAGGCAUCAAAGAUACUGCUGAUUCACCUGAAAAGUAUUGGUGCGAGCAAUGUAAACCUGAAUUGCAUGCAUUGAUAGAACAUGGAACGAAGUCAUUGUAUAUACCCGUCAAUGGAGAAGUCAAAGUCGAAGACGAUCCGCCCGAAAGCCUGAAGGAAACUGAGCCUGCUAACCAGAGUGCUCCGGAGGAAAGUGACUCAAGGGAUCAAAUCGAAACGAAAGACACGAAGGAUGCCAAAGAGAUAAAGAAAAACAGAGAUGUCAAGGGCUCCAAAGAUGGCAAGCAUAGUAAAGAGAGUAAGGAAACAAAGGACUCAAAAGAUGCAAAGGAGAAACUAAGCGUCAAACAAGAGGAAGCUCGAUCAAGGCUAAGUGUCAGAGAAUCCAGACAGUUACAGCAGGCCCUGGAGUUGAGUGCCAAAGAGAGCGGAGUAAAACCUGAGACGAUAGAGGUAUUGGAGAGACCCAGAAGAACUGCUAAUUCCAAUGGCACGGAACAUACUAGCGAUGAAAGUGAGCCUUCGUCCAAUAAGAGGAAGAACGACACUGUUGUGUCUAAUAAAAAGGGAAAAGAGCUCAAGAGUAAAAGGCUGAAAUCUGCAUCGUCUUCAUCUUCUUCUAAAGAAAGCAAAAAAGAAGAUAAAAAAAUCUUACAGUUGAAUUCUGAAAAGCCGUUCAAACCAAAGACGCAUUCUUCCAAGAUCAGUAUGAUAGAAAUGCGCAAAAGAAUCGCCGGAAUCUUAGAGUUUAUCGGACGAACACAGAUCGAAAUGGCCAAUGAAGAGAAUGAAAGGGCCCAGCUUACCAAGCAUUUGAAAGACGAUGCAGAUGAUGAAGAUACAGCUCUCAAAUUGAAAAUUGAGACUAAUCUCAUUACUUCAUCGAAAAACACUCUCACUAUGAUGGACUCUCUUACAAGAAAACUACUGCGAUGGGAGCAACGAUUUGGUGCACCAGGAUAA